GAGUGACCGGCGCACGGCCUUCCUUUUGCCGCGCGUAAACAUGUAGAUAUCAGCGUGUGCGCGCACAGGUUUCACCAGCAUUAUUUUGUCAUUGUUGGAUAUGACAGAAUUCUGUGAAAAUGUGCAGAUUCAGCGGGACCAGAACACAGACCGUGCGGCCGAUGCUUCUUUAAGACGGAGUCAUAACCGACGUUUGUGAAGGUAAAAUGUUCCAGAGUGGGCGAGUUUUUUAGCCUUGAACUAAAAAAAUUUCUGCUUUUAUAAAAAACUGUUUAGGUGUGGUUACAUGUAUGACUGUGAUGAGGAUUGCCAGCGCCACACCUGAAUGUUGCUCCAGGGCUUUUGCACAAUUUGUCUGCUGCGUAAACACCUCAUCAGGAUCCUAAAGUUAAACAGGACUGUGAUUUAAUCCGAGACGCACACAACCAGUUAGCACGCACAAAAAGGGAUUCUAUAGAUUUCUAAAGUCAUCAAAAAAAAAGAAAGAAAAAGAUUUCCUUAAAAAGUGAAUUCUUGUAGAAUAAAUGACAGAUUUAGGUCAUGGUUGACCAAAUAGAAGCAAUUUAAAAAUACACAAAUGAAUUUCAGUUUUCCUAUGUUGUGUGCUAAAAAUUGUCGUUAAUUUUAUAAAGUAAUAUUUAUGUGUAUUCCCGCAUUUGAAGCACGUGCACAGUCUGGCUUAAUGUUAGGAGCUUCGCUCUGGCAGGUUUUUGGAAAAAAAACAGCAGCUGAGUUGCUGCUUUCUUUAAAGCAAAAAUGUGGAUAAAGACAAACGUUUGCCUCAUCUUCUGGAUUUUUACAUGCAUAAGAGUAUUUUUAAGCUGUCUGGUUAUCCGCCAUUGCUUUUGCUGACCCUGGGUGUGAGAGUAAGGCUGUGGGUGUGUGAAAUGUGGCCCACAACUGACCGCCCUCCCAUGGAGAGCACUCAUUUGUGUCACUUCACACACAAAAAUCUGGAAUUCCUCAUCUGUUCAGUCAGUGUGUCAGGGUUACAACAAAACGCGCACACUCGUGUGCACGUGCACGGGAGGCACCGCGCCUGAAAUGCAUCCCGAGCCGGGAAAUCAACAAAUCAUAAAUCAGCCGAUUUGUGCGCAGCGUGGAUGUCAGAGAUCAGCUUCAGCAUUCCUCCUUUGCAGCUGCAGGGGAGGCGCAAAGGAGAGAAGAAAAGAAAAGAAUGAUUUGUUUUCCGAACAUGAUGCAGAGGUUCUGUUGAUAAAACUCAUAUUCUAAACAAGACGAAUCACUUCUGUUUUUUUCUCUUUUACAAUAUCCAGCAAAUAGUUCUUUGUUUUUUCUUCCAUUGGAAUGGUUCUUAUGAUUUGUUCUUAUCUCAUCUUUCUGUUCCUGUUUCAGACUGCUUUCCCUCGUGUGUGCGCGUGCGCGGAGGGGGCUUUAAACCCUCUGUGAACCCUCAGUUGAAGCUGUUAAGCAGCGCGCUGUUAUUGGUUUGUCUGCAGUGUUCAUUAUUAACGGGUUACUUUAUGGCUUCUGGUCUCGGGCUUCUAAUUUCCAGCCUCAGCAAAGGUCAAUUAACAGGCCUGAGUGAUGACAAACACACACACAAGCACGUAUGGAGCUAAGGGGGGAGGGGAGUUGGUUGAGGCCCCCUUUAGAUUUAGAUAUUUUCGUUUUUUUUUAAGUACCCACUUUCUCAGUCUCGGCCUUCAAGGUGCAAUAAAAAAUACGAGCAGAAGGUGGCGCUCUGAACUCACCCCCGACACUUCACAGAGGCCUGAAGAGGACGGCGAAGGGAGGGAGACUUUUCCCCGCCCAGCCCUUCAUCAUCAGAAACCUCUGCGCCUGAAUUACCUUUCUAAAGUCAUCGAAGAGAAUUUACAACUGGUCAACAAAAUCACGUGACCACAUCCCUCCUCCUCCUCGCUUUCUCUCUCUCCUCCUUCACCUCACCCCUCGCCUCCUCCAUUUCACACGUACACACACACAUCUACUAGAUCCAACACACAUUCGCCACCCCCACCCCCAUGUUUGGACGGCUCAUACGGAGCUUAAAAAGCAAGUACAGUGCAUCGCCAUAAUUCACUAAUACAUCAUAAAUCGUUGAAAGUGCCCGCGUGGUAACGACCAAGAGAAAACUCACAAAUCAAGCGUCCCUCACUGCUCAGCUGUUCGCCUGCAACUCUCCCAAACAACUAAAUGAGCUCUUACUUUGUGAACUCGCUGUCGGGGCGCUACCCGAGCGGCUCCGACUAUCAGCUGCUGAAUUAUGGAGGCGGCGGCGCAAUGAACAGCGGGACGUUCAGGGACUCUGCCACCAUGCACCAUCAUGCGCCAGGCUCUUACGGCUACAGCUACAAUGGCAUUGAUCUGACCGUAACCAGCCGGGGAGAGGGCACCGGCAACACCGUGAACACCGGAGGACACUUCGGGGGCGGCACGCUGACGGACUCCAGAGGCUUUGGCUCAGUGUCCGCAGAGAGGGGCUUCAGACAGCCGUCCAGCUGCUCUCUGGCCUCAGCGGCGGACUCCCUCCUGUCACCCGGCACCGACAAGAGCAAACUGGCCGCGCAAGGCUCGUCUCCGCAUGCGGAGCAGACAGGAAGCGGCAGUCUCUGCUCCCCGAACCUGUCCUCCUCCUCCGGCUCCUCCGUGGGGGCCGCGGCGCAGCGCUUCGCCGAGCUCGACGACGCGCUGACCGAGACGGAGGAGCUGCAGCACACAGACGCCGGUCGUGGGAACAACCCGCCGCCUACGAGCGGCCACUCGCAGCCCGCAAAGACGCAGGAGGGCGAGCCGGCGGGAACAGCUGGGGGCGGCACGGACAGCGACCCCCACACACCUCAGAUCUUUCCCUGGAUGAGGAAGCUACACAUUAGCCAUGAUAUGACGGGCCCCGACGGGAAACGGGCGCGGACAGCGUACACGCGCUACCAGACUCUGGAGCUGGAGAAAGAGUUCCACUUCAACCGGUACCUGACGCGGCGGAGGCGCAUCGAGAUCGCACACGCGCUCUGUCUCACGGAGCGCCAGAUCAAGAUAUGGUUCCAGAACCGUAGGAUGAAGUGGAAGAAGGACAACAAGGUGAAAAGCAUGAGCAUCACCGCACCGGGGGCCAGCCACUUCCAACCAUAGAAUGUAUUUUGAGAGACAGCAUCCACCCAUCCAUCCAUCCUCCAAUCCUCUUUGCGUCCAUCUUCCUUUAAAAAGGCUCUCGCCUCGUUACUGCUCCAAAGGAGAAAACGAAGCGAACAGGAAAAAA